AUGCCUCACUCAUUCGGUUACCGUGCGCGUACGCGCGACAUGUUCAAGCGGGGGUUCAAGGAGCACGGUCAGAUCCGGCUAUCCACCUACCUCGUCCCCUUCCAUGUCGGAGACAUCGUCGACAUCAAGGCGAACGCCGCUCAGCAGAAGGGUAUGCCUCACAAAUACUACCAUGGACGGACUGGUAUCGUCUACAAUGUGACCCCCCAUGCCGUCGGUGUUAUUGUCUACAAGGUCGUCGGCAACCGUUACCUCGAAAAGCGGGUGAACAUCCGUGUUGAGCACAUCAAGCACUCAAAAUGCCGUCAGGAGUUCUUGGACCGUGUCAAGCGGAAUCACGAAGCGCAUGUGAAGACAAAGGAGACUGGUGAGCGCGUGCAGCUGAAGCGUCUCCCUGCUUUACCACGGGAAGCGCGCACUGUCUCCACCGCCGACAACGCACCCCAGACCAUCACUCCCGUUCCUUACGAGACGACCAUCUGA